AAUAUAAAAGAAGAAGAAGAAAGAAAGGCACAACAUAUAAAACGCAGGUUUCUGGCUCUGUGUUGGAAGAAUAACCGUAACGAACGAAUGAGAGUCUCGCUCCUCGCCUCACCGGAACGAACACUCCCAGGCGCUCUUGUCGUCACCGUUUUCUUCACAGGCAUAGCUCAUGGCUUCUACAAUCUCAUCAUCAAAUUCACAUAAGCUCCAAAGAUAUCAUAUGGUCGAUAUGAAAGAUAUGAUUAGCGAUUUACCUGAGGGAAUUCUUUAUUAUAUUCUUUCUCGCCUCUCUACGGAAGAGGCUGUAAGAACUUCUAUAUUAGCAACAAAGUGGAGAUACUUGUGGACCCAAUUACCCGUCUUUGAUUUUCGAGAUUCAUCUCCAAAGCGAAAUUCUAAGUCACCAGAUUGCCUCGUAGAUCUAGUGGACCAACUACUUCACAAAUCCAACCGUAUAAAAAAGCUCUUCAUUGAAUUACCAGUAACUAUUGUUGAUGCAGGGAAAGUUAGUUCUAUGUUAUCUUCUGCAUUGAUGCAUGAUGUCCAUGAUCUUACACUUAACCUAGAAUCUGAAAAUAGUAGGUUUGUGUUACCCAAUAGUUUCUCGGCAUCCCGGUCAUUGACUAAGUUGGAUAUAGUAUUUGGCUUCCUUGAUUCUGUACCUGAUGGUAUCUGUUUCCCUAGCUUAAAGAUAUUAUCUUUUGCACAUGUUACCUUCACAAAUGAGAAGUCGGCUCAAAGACUUUUUUCUGGGUGCCCUGUCUUACAAGAUUUGUCCUUUGAAAAAUGUUACUGGGUGAACAUAAACAUUAGUGUUGCAAUUCCAACAUUGAAGAAGUUGGACAUCUUUUUCAGAUCUUCUUCUCUAGAUCGUAACAGUUGUAUGUUUAAAAUUGAUGCUGUGAAUCUUUUAUCUUUAAGUUACAAAAGUAACCCAACUAUAAAUUGUUUCCUUGUUAACUCUACCUCCAUAGUUGAUGCAAAUAUUGAUCUUGGGUUUUUCUGUGUCCAAAAUAACGAACUGCAUGUUGCUGUAUUUGCAAUUGAGCUGUUCAGUCGUCUUGGUAGUGUAGAGUCUCUCAGGCUAUCAGAUCAAACUAUUCAGUGUCUUAACUAUGCAAAAUCUGCUCUUCAUCUUUUACCUUCGUUCAAGAAUUUGACGCGUCUUGAAGUGCAUUUCGAUGAUCCUAGUUGUGAAGUAUUAGCAGACAUUCUCCGAAAGAGUCCUAAACUAGAAUUUCUUCACAUUUAUGGGGGAUCUUACUUAUCCUUGGAUAGUGAAGACUGGACAUCAGAUUCACUGCCUUGCUGUUUCAAAUCUUCUCUCAAAUCAUGUGAUAUUUCAGAUUUUCGUGGAGAUGAAGCCGAAAUCAGAUUGGUGAAGUUUUUGUUAGAAAAUGUCACGUUAUUAAGGGAGAUGAACAUUUACUGUACUGGAUAUCUAUCAAAAAAAUCGAAGAAGCUGGCUGAUGUGAGGAACCAAUUGCAAGCUUUAGGCAUGGGAAGUUGUGUCAUUAACUUGCAUCACUCGUGGUUUUGAUGUUUUGGCGGGUGUUGAGUAAAGAUUCAUCUAUACCUCAGAUAUUGAUUGUAGUUUCAUCGGAUGACUGUGCCUGUUUGAUUUAGUGUGGGGCAUUUUCAAUGGAUUUUACAUGUAGCAAAAAUUCUGUUUUCACAUAGAUUACCUUGUGGAAUCGUUAUUUUCCCAUGCAUUUGUAAGAAUCUAAAGUAUCUAGACUAUGUUUUAUUUGAUUGAUAACUGGUUAAGUGUUGCUGGAAAUAGAACCAUUUGUGUCAAGAAUAGAUUUAUAUCA